UUUGUUUGUCCAAGUAGUUAUUUUGGUCACAAUUCCUAUCAAUUGCAUUAUGUCAAAAAAUGCUGAAAUUAUUCUUGAUUAUCAACAUUCAGCGAUCAAUUAUAAGAACAAGUCAAUGUCAAAAAUAAGGCUUACUUGUACAUGUAAGGCUGCUGUGCAAUACAAUUAAAUACAGUUGCUGUGCAAAAUACAAAUACGGUUGCUGUGCAAUACCGAUGAAUAGUUUUUAUUUCUUUUUGUUCUGCACAGAGAAAGAAUAAAAUGAAUAAAUCGACGAAAAUUCUCUUACCAUUUUACUUUGUGUUCCUCUGCAAUGGAAUUUGCUUCUUCGGAGCACAAGGGUGUCUUCUAACAGUGCUUGGAUCUUUGGACCCCCCAAUAGACGGUCUUUUACCCCAAAUGGCUUUGUAUGCCGCAGCCAUAAUUGGUCCUCUAAACGCUGUGUCUAUCAUGGAUGUUUUAGGGCUGAAAACUACCAUAGCUAUCUGGUCUGUCGGACAAGCAUCCCUCUGUGGGUCUUUGUUCUACCCUAUCGAGUCCCUAGUUUACAUCAGCUGCAUACUCGCUGGAUGGUCUUCAUCGCUUUCAUACGUAGUCGGAACUACAGUUAUAGCCAGAGUGAGUACUAAACAUGGGAGUAGUGAGGCGACGAACAGUGGACUGUGGAACCUCUCCUUAGUGUCCAGUCUGCUCUGCUGCAACCUCGCAGUCUUCAUUAUAUUCAAUGGGAAGUCACAGAUAACAUACCAGGACAGAUACUGCCUUAUGGUGCCCCUGACUUUAAUGGGCCUCCUUGCUUGUCUUUUUUCUCUGUGUAUUAACGAGGAAGAAUAUGGAUGCAGUGGUGCCGCAAGAAAACAACUAAGAAGUAAUGAUCAAGGAGACUCAAGAUCUGCUAGCUUCAUUGCGGUGGAAGAGGGUUCCAAUCUAGACAGCAGGGCAACUUCCGAAUCUGGAACAUUAUCUUGUAACAGCUUGGAAUUCCAGCUGCAUCCUUGCCUGAACGAGAACCAACCCGAAAAUAUUUUUAGAAAGAUCCAAACAUUUCUGAUUUCCCAGCUAGAUCUAGUGAAGUCUAUAAUCUUAACUUGUUGUGAGGGCAAAGCACUGUUACUCUAUAGCACUGGACCCGCAGUUGGAAUGACGAAUGGAUUCUGUUGCGGAGUGGCACAAUCGGCUGUCGGAAACUCACUCUACAUCCAAGACAGCAAAGAGGUGAUGGGAUUGAUGGGAAUCGGCAUAGGAUUUGGGCAGAUAUUCGGUUGCAUACUGUACGCCAUCUUUUCAUCUAAAUCGAAUUUCAAUGGCCAGUUUUCCUUUCUCUACGUGUUCACAUAUCUACUCGGCUUCUACAUCAUCUUUGCCAUCUUGCCUCCUGACUCAAUUAGUGCAGAAACUACAGAAAAGGGAUACUUCACACACUAUAGCAGCUACUUGGCUGUCUUAUCCGGGGUUCUGCAGGGCAUGGGCAACAGUGUGACCUACUGUCAGUUCACAUACAUCUUCUGCAUUGUGUUCCAGCACACUCCAGAUGACUCCAUCUAUUUCUCUGGAAUGUACAUCUCGAUCGGACUCGGCUCCGCCCUCUUCUUCUUCGUGUCAGAUCAGAUCACACUUCCCCUCCAGCUGCUCAUCCUAGUCUUCUUCACUCUUCAGAGUGCAGCUGUCUACUUAGGGGUGGAGAGCAGCCACAGAAGGGGAGAGAGAAACAAACAACUGCAGAUUAAUUCAGUCGGGGCUAGUGGUGUUGAGGUUGUUAGUUAG